AUGCAGGACAAAUCAAUCUCAGAAAAUUACAGAGAUGUCCGCUGGCUCAUCUCUAUAAAGGCUAUUAAAAAAAAAAAGAAAGAAAGAAAAGGUAAAGGAAUCGGUAAAGGAGGCGCUAAGCGUCACCGUAAAGUCCUCCGGGACAACAUCCAGGACAUCACCAAGCCCACUGUCCGCUGUCUGGCCCGAUGUGGUGGAGUGAAGCUGAUCUCCAGUCUGAUCUACGAGGAGACCUGCGGAGUGCUGAAGGUUUUCCUGGAGAACGUGACCUGUGAUACUGUCACUUACACCGAACACGCCAAGAGGAAGACGGUGACCGCCAUGGAUGUGGUUUAUGCUCUGAGGAGACAGGGCCGCACUCUGUACGGAUUCGGAGGUUAAAUAUUCUACAAUACCAUUUUUAU